AUGUGUUGUUUAGUGGGAUUUGAUGACGAGAGCGGUCAUCAACUAACCGCACUUGAGUUUGCCCACCAUCCAUGCGGCAGCGUGGGAGCGGCCAAAAGGCGGGCUUCGGUUGGGAGGAUAGUUGGCAGGGACGACGGGCCGAAACCGGUCCCACGACAACAACGCUCCAUCGCCUAUUCGGAUGUCAGUGGAGAAUCCUCGGGCGCUGUUGGUGCGGAGCCGGUGUUCUAG